CCUGCUCCUGCUCCUCCUGCUCCUCCUCCUCCUACUCUUCCUCCUGCUCCUCUUUCUGCUCCUCCUCCUCCUGCUCCUGCUCCUCCUGCUCCUCUUCCUGCUCCUCCUCCUCCUGCUCCUGCUCCUCCUGCUCCUCCUCCUCCUACUCUUCCUCCUGCUCCUCCUCCUACUCCUCCUGCUCCUGCUCCUCCUGCUCCUCUUCCUACUCCUCCUCCUCCUGCUCCUCCUACUCUUCCUCCUGCUCCUCUUGCUCCUCCUCCUCCUCCUGCUCCUACUCCUCCUGCUUUUGCUCCUACUCCUCCUCCUAAAUGUCUGUCUUUAUUGUUUGUCUAUCUUCUUAUCCGCGCCCUACUUUUUCAGUUGCUGCUUCUGCUUCACUUGCAAUGAGUAUGCAAAGCAACUUGAAUGA